UUUUCUCUCACGCAAAGAUUUUAGGGCGAGAGAGCGCGACGACGAUGCAGCACCAACACGCUGGCUAUGGCGCCGCUACUCCAGGUAUGACGCCCGCCUAUCCAUCGCCAUCGCCGCCUUCCUACGCUUCGCCGCCAUCGAAUCCCCCGUAUUAUCACCCCAGCAGCUACGCGAAUUACGCCCCAAGCUCCCCCAUUCUCUCCUCCUCCUCCGCGGAUUACCUCGCCUCCUAUCCCGGAUCCACAGCACAGGAGAGCGGCGCUGGGAUGUAUGCACAGAUCCCGGCUUACGCUCCACCGCCGCCCGAUCCAGCCACUUUCUCGUAUUCCACGCACGAUCCGUCCUAUUCGCCGCGAGCUCCUUCGUUUGAUCGCCUCCCCUCUCACGAGAGAUCGUCGUUUGAGCCGGCCGCCAGUUCUUACACGCAUAGUUGGCCCUCGGCUUAUGGAACUUCCGACUACCAGCUUGGUAGGAGCUCGAGUUAUGGUGGAGGAUAUGGCACUGUGGAUGCCGCGGUGUACAGUGAGGCAGCGUCUAGAUGGGGAUAUGAGCCAGCGGUGAGCGAAGAGAAUCCACACGCCAGCGAUGGAAGAUAUGGAGGUGUUGCGGAGAAGUCUUCUUCUUACAGCACGGAGAGUGGUGGCCGAGUGGAUUACUCUACUGGAGUUUAUGCCUAUGAUGGUGGAAGUUCUCAGCCGUAUGGAUCGAGGGGGACCGGAUCGGCACGGUGGGCUUCCGAGAGCAGUAAUCCACUCGGGGAUCUGCCGAAGUUGGCCAAGGCUUUGCCGAAAGUUGACAGCGAGUCGAGAGGCGGUGGCGUGCAAAAGUAUCACGUAAAGCUUCUACAGGACUCGAGCUCCGUGGGUCUUCCGACGAAUGUUGUGUGCCAGAUCGGUUUGGAUGGAGUUCGACUUGUUGAUCCAAGCUCCGGACGGACCUUGCGAAUUUAUCCUCUCGACACUAUUACGAAGUGGGAAGUUAAUGAGCCAUCGGUGUUUACGUUCUGGGCCAAGAGCGCUGUCGAUUUUGAGCAACGUAGAACAAGGUUACAGUCCAGUGCUUCCACCACGAAUGCCAUAUUGGAUACUUUAACUGCAGCAUGUGUUCAGCUAUGUGAAAUGGUUGGGAAAAGUGACGCAGCGAAGGCUUCGAUUUCUUCAAUUGUCACCCCUGAGAAGAAGUUUACCUUCUCAGAAUGGCUUACUCGUUCCAAGGCACCAGUUCAAGAAGAAAAGGAUCAUUGGGUUCCAGACGAAGCGGUGACAAAAUGUACAGCUUGUUCGAGUGACUUCGGGCCUUUUCUUCGGAGACACCAUUGCCGGAAUUGCGGUGAUAUAUUUUGUGACAAGUGCACACGCGGAAGAACAGCCUUGACAUCCGAUGAAGAUGCACAGAUUGUUCGUGUUUGUGACCGUUGUCUGGCUGAGGUUACACAAAGGCUGACCAACACGAAAGAGACUAGCAACAAGUUUGCAUCUCAGCAGUCACAUGAAGAUCUUGCGAAGAAGCUUCAGGAGGAACUGGAACGUAAUGCUCCGCCACGGAAGACUGUUGACAAGUUGUCAGGUCAAACGUCCUUACUCAACUGCAGCAAGUGCGGGAGCGUUUCAAUCGUAACAGGAAGCACAGCCGGAUGUCCGACUUGUGGUUCGGAUGCGUCUGGGGGUCGAAAUGGAGUAACUAGGAGAACUUCAAGAUCAACCGACGGUAGCAGACGCCGCACGCGAGACGUUGCUUGUCCAACUUGCACAGUGCAUCUGGAGGUUGAGGUUCCGAGCUUCGGAUCGGAGACGGUAGAGUGUGGUGUCUGCCAGCAUCCUUUCCUGGUGAGCGCAUAGAUCGGUAGGGAGGUAAUAGAGUGUCGUGGCGAUGUAAAGUGGGCACAUUGGAGUUAAAAUUAUUGCCUUUAACCUGUGUCUCAAAAACAGUUCACAAUCUAGAUAGACUAAAAAACAUUUGGAGGCAAGGUGAUAAGCCUUCUCUUUCA